GCACAAAUUAACAUAUAUAGAAGAUGAUAUUUGGGUUAUAUAAAUAUAAGGAAUGAGUUGAUGUCUUAUUUCAAAGAAAUUCAAACAAAAGAAGGAGAAAAAUGGCGUGUCCUGGCAUCCACAUAUCCUCCAUGCUAAUGGUGUUUUUGUUGUUGAUUAAUGGCUCCUUCAGCAGGCCAAGCGUGAAGAUCGCAAACAAUGAGUUGACUGAGAUUUGUUCCACAACUCAAGAUCCUUCGUUUUGUGUUCAAGCUUUGAAGUCUGAUCCUCGCACUGCCAACGCUGACCUCAAAGGCCUGGCCCAAAUCUCUAUCGACUUGGCCAAGGCCAGUGCUACAAAAACCACUACUUUGAUCACCUCUCUGGUGGAAAAAGCCAAUGAUCCUAAGCUUAAAGGACGCUAUGAAACGUGUGCAGAAAACUAUGAUGAUUCCAUAAGUUCAUUGGAUGAUUGUACUCAAUCUGUGUCUUCUAGAGACUAUGUUAGUUUGAAUUUUCAAGCGUCUGCUGCCAUGGAUGGACCUGUGACAUGCUUAGAUAGCUUUGAAGGACCACCAAAGGACCCAUCUGAACUGCCUACCAAGUCUGAAGAUUUAAUACAUCUUUGUAGCAUCAUUUUGGCUAUCUCUAAGCGUUUGAUAGGAUAAGCUCAAUUAUAAAUAUCCCCUUCUUCCUUUUUUUUUUCUUUUUUUGCAUCAUGGUUAAUAAUAGAGGGGGUUUUGAACUAUAAGGAAAACAACCGUACUUAAUGGUAUGGAUUCGUUACUUUUAAUAUGCAUUUUUCUCGACAAUAUUUUCACUAUUAGGAAAUUAAACAAAAAUGCUUCAAA